GUGGUUUUGGACUUCUCAUACCUCCUGCAUUCAGACCCAACUUACUACCGAUGUUGGUGCCCAAGUGACUACUAAAGCACACACUUCCUCCGAGGGUCAGUAUCAUGCUCCUGAAUCGAUUUUCAAUUCCCGAUACCCACACAGAUCAAGCCGAUUACUACGGUCAAGAUUUCUCUGACUUGUUACGAUACUGCGGCCAAGCACCUGGAAGAUUUUCAAUUGGAAGCUUUCUCUGGCUUCAGGCGUAUGAUGGUGGCACGGGAGACAGAGGCUGCAUCCAUCAGUCUUUUAGACGCAGAGGUGGAUAUCGUGACCACGAUUUGAAGUGGAUACAAACGUGCUGGGUGACGAUGGUCCCGGAAACGCGACCUCGGGGUGAAUUGCGUAGGAUUAAGCAAGAAAUUGUUGUCCUCCCACAAACUGAGAAUUGCUCUGUCUCGAAGGCCCCUUUACACAAUGGUGGUUCCAUUCUCACGAGUAGUCGCGUCAACUCCGUCAACUCACAUGUGUACUACUCGCAUAAAAAGACCUCGACCCAUAACAUGGCCAAAAAGCAACCACUUGUCGAAAAAGCUCGAUGCGAAGCCACAUAUCGCCCACGCAAAGGCUCCGUAAGUUCGCCUUCUUCCCUUCCAGGCAUGUACAUACAGGCAUCUCCCAGCUUUUAGCGCAACGCUACUAGUCCACCACGCCUGCGCCUACCGCCUGAGCUGCGAUAUUCAAUCCACAUAUACACCCUCGACAUUCGGACAUUGGCUAU